AUAAAUUAUAAAGUAUCGGUCAUCAAAACGCGUGCGCAUGUAGCUAUAAAGUAUGCACACGUGACUACAGCGCAUGCUCAUGUGGCAUACUUGGCAGACUGGCAGUUGGGUUAACCCCAUGGGCUUAACUGGCUAGUGCAUUUCAGCGGUAUCUUAACCUAAUAAUUGUCAAGUUUAAUUGAUAAGUCUCUUUCCGAAAAUACCACGUUUUUCUACCAGAUUCUUUUGUUAUGGAACAAAACACGUUGAAUAAAUAUAUUUUUAUCAAUAUUGAAGGAUAAUGACAUCGACUUUUUUACAAAUGAUGGAAAGAUAACACAGUGUACAUAUAUCUCUACCAUACAUUAAGAAACAAUAAACAAUUCAACUGUUUUUAUAGAGUUUGAAUCAAUCAAAUUAAAACAAGUAAAACUGAAUAAAAUGGAUCUGCAUAAUCAUUAUUUACGUUUCUCGACAAUGAAUGUCUCACUUUUACAAAUGGACAAAUCCAAGAAUAAUAUACAUCAUUUGAUACAGUCUUACAAUUAUGAAAUGACUAAAGAAGAAUUAAAUAUAGAAAAAUGUGAGUUCUGUCGACUGCUGUUAUGUUAUGAAUAUCAAUGUGCCUUUCACAACAUUGAGAAGAGCGAUCGUAAAAUAUCCGUUGAUGCGGAGAAACUUUUCUUUCCUGGUAUAAAAAUGAUUUUUCCGCCAAGCUGUUCACGAAACACCACACAAAUUUCACUCUUAUGUGAUAUAGUCAAUCUACAAAUGAUUCUUUAUUGUGAUAUCAGCUCAGUCAAACAACAUCUGCAGAAUUUCCUUUACUCGAGUGACGCUUACAUCGCAACUAACAAUUCUAGAAUUAUGUAUAUGAAAAUAAUAGAAUAUCUUUUAGAAUUUUUACGUUUGUACGAACUUCAUAUAACUAACGAGGAACACGAACAAUUGAAAGACCUUAGUCAUGUAUACUUGGAGAUUGUAAAGUCAUGGCUAAAGAUAAAGGAAGACUGUGAAUGGAGAUUGUUUGCUUUGAUGUUUCCUAAGCUAGUAGAAGUAUUUACACCUAAAUAUACCGCGUUUCCUCUGUGGGACCAUCUUGUACACGAAACAAAUGAUUUAAAGGAAUCCCUCACUGGCCUAAGUAUUAUGGCAGACAUAUGUCUUACAUCGUCAAAAUCAAUGAAUUAUAUACACUAUGACAUUUAUUGUAAAAAUACAUUUUGGUUAUUGAUACUCAAGGGAUUACGAUCGCCCUUGCAACAAUACCGCAAACAGGCUUUAUACAUAAUGAAAAAAGCAGUUGAUGCUAUAAGUGAAGAUAUUAGAUUAAAUUUUGAAAAACAAGGCUUGGCAAAAGCACAAACUAUACCAUUUAUUUGUAGUAAAUCUUCAUCAAUGGAUCAUAUUAAGGAAAAUUUUUUCUUGCUAUAUGAAGUAUUGGAAGAGAAACAAGAACAUUUAAUAACACCAGCUUUAAUUCAUGUAGAUGCUCUUAUAAAAGUACACGAAGAGCACGAAGUUUACAGCUGUUUCAACAUUAGAUGGCUGCAGUGCAUUUUCGAGAAGAUCUUACUGCACGAGAAUAUUCGUAUUGCAAAGUGGGGUGUAUUGCACGUUUGUAGAUUAGGCAACGCCAUAUUUUGUGACGAUCAGUUUCUCGAAUUAUUUAUAAAUGUUCUGAAUAAUAGUUUCUUUUACGAAUGUCAAUCUGACGAGCAAUGUCCGGAGAUUGUAAAAGAGCUCUCGCAAUUCCUCAGAUGCGCGGAGGAAAGUGAUUUACUCAAUAGAUUUCUCAAGAAGAUCAGCUGUGUAGCCUGGGGACCUGUAGCAAUAUUUUAUAUAAUACAUGCGCUACGAACAAUUUCAGACCAUGGGAUACGACAUUCCAAUUGGCAGGCUACGGAAUUGAACGCUAUUAAACUUUUAGUGGAAACGAAUCUGAGUAUGCACUCUCGUAUUCUACGUACUGCAUCUCAAAUUGAACUCCUGAGAGCAAUCCCAAAGUACGUACGACACGUAACGAACAACAAUCUAUCGUUGCUUGCUAAUGUUUUAGCUACAUUUCCUUCUGGAGAAGGUUUCACGAGAGCAACAGUUCCUUGGAACAAUAUCGCGAAAUGGUUGGAAGAGGUAUUAACGUUGGAAGACGCGAUAACUUUCGUGGAGAUGACUUGUGCGAAAUAUAAAUAUGAAGAUUCCAGGACUGAGAUAAGUCCUAAAACAUUUGCAAUAAUAGUAUAUUUGUUGUUCGAUGCAAAUCUUAUAUUCUCGUGCAAGAUGUGUCCUAUCGCAGAAGCAUUAAUCAAUUGGAUGAAUAUCUUAAUUAAUAUCAAUGUGCGACCAUACGUUGAUAUCAUCUCAAGCAUGAAUGUAGUAGAAUUUGUUUCGCAUUUAAUGCAUCUUUCCCUGAAGAGAUCUAACAGUAGUAUGACGAACUUUAUAUCGUCAUACGCACACAUCACUUUUAAUUUUUUAAUUAAAAGUAUAAGAAAGAUAUCCGCGGAGUUAACUUACGAAGAUUACAUAAGAUACAUGGCCAUUGUAUCCUCGCAUAUUGUCAAUGCGCCUUUUCUCAUGUCAGAAAAGUUUGUAAACACUUAUGUAGAAAAUUUACAAAACGAAAGUAUAAACCUUUUACACGACUUCAAAACACAACGACUACAAAAUUUAAAUAUGCAAUAUUUGUAUGGAUUACACAUCUUGCAUCUCUCUCAGAAUGUGUUGAUUUUGCCACAUGCGGAAACUUUUUAUGCAAGGCAUUUGUUAAGCAUGCAAAUGAACAUUCAUAACGAUAUUGAUGAGGAAAAAUAUUUAAAGGGAAAAAUAGCAUCGGAAUAUUAUCUGCUUCUCUUAAAACUUAUGCAUCAAUAUCUUACACAUGUAAAUUCUUUAGCGCCUUCAUGUAUUCCUAUUACCACGAUACUGUCUAAUUUGUUACAAUUCCUCGAGCUGGGCUUACCAGAAAAUGUUUCUGAAAUUGCAAAGAUAUUAAUAGUAAUAAAUGAUAAUAAAAUGAUAAGCGACGCAAGCGAUAGAGAAACUUUGGAAUAUAUUUUUAACUUGAGCUUUACAUGUGUCAUCAAUAGUAAAAAGAACAAUAUAUUUUGGACAGCAAUAGAGAAUCUCAUGGGAGUUAUUAUUAAUAAUAAUUUCUUACUUUUGCCUAAUGGCGUACAAUUCAUGAAAGGAUAUGUCGUUAAAUUACUAAAUGAAGGAGAGAAUACACCGAGAUUUAAAAGGAUAAUGCUCUCUAAAAUGAAAAAUUUGGACAUACAUAAUUUGAUGAAAUUAGAAAAUGUGUUAAGAAAUUGUUUCCUUCAUGGUUCUGUAUGUCGUCGUGACAAAAAAAUAGAAAAUUAUGCUCAUUUGUUUAUUAUCAAGCAAUUGAGUCCAGUCUAUUAUCCAAAGCAUAUCGUCACGUUGGAUUAUAAUAAUGAUGCCGCAAUUAGGGCACAGGCGAUUAUAUUGUUACAUAGAAUAAUUAAUAAUUCAGAAUCAAAUUAUGCAGCAACAUUUGUACGAUUAAUACUCGAUGCAUUAGAAAAGAACAAAACCAAGAGAUAUUUUAAAGACUCGCCAUUACACAAAUUAAAACACAGAAUAAUGCAAGUCUUAUUGAUAUUAGAGCCAGUGUUGAAUAAGGAAUUUGUUCUUCUACUACAGGAACAAUUAUGUGAUUUUAUUUUUUCGGAAAGUAAUCAGUCUAGCGUGAAAAUAAUGCAGGAAUGGUUACUGAUACGAAUCUUCACGAAAAAUAUUCAUCUACAUGAUAAACUAUGGUCAUUUUUUGCAAAGAGUAUAAAAGACCGACCGAGAUGUACGAUUUCUGUGGCAAGCAUUGUCUAUCAUGUCGCGAAACUUCUUUCAUAUGAUAAUCAGAAAACUUAUAUUCAAACAGCCUUACCAUAUAUAGCGCAAUGUUGUUUAGGACAGCAAUUUAAUGUGCGUGUUUAUAAUCAGUUCAUUUUAACACAAUUAUGUGAUUUAAUGAAAGCAAACUAUGGGGAUAAUAGCAUAUCAGAGUACAAAGGUAUAUAUCAAGCGGCUAUGACUGGAUUGAAACAAGAAAAUUUGACAAAAAAUUCAACCAAAAUACAGGAUGAUUUUUAUUUUUCCAAUUUUCAUCCGUUCAAUGAUUACUGCUUGGAGACAAUUUAUUAUCAAUUGCCGCGCUUGACUAAUGUAAGUUGUGAUGAAUGGAUUACUCCGGAUGUGUUUAAAGAUUUAAUAUUCGAGGAAAAUGAUUAUCAUCCUCUACAGCUUUAUAACAAGAAUUCAUUUGUGACUGAGAAUACACUCUCCACAUAUCUGACAAAAUUUUUCGCAGGUGAUGCACUCACCGAAUUAUCAGAGAAUAAUGUUGAAACUUACACAAAGGAUUUAUAUGACAUCCAAAAAAAAAUUGAUCCGUCAAAACCUAAAGAUUUAUGUGGUGAUAUCUUUGAAAUAAUGAACGAAUUCACAUGUCUGCAAGAUAAUCAGUUGCAGGAAGGUCUAAUAGUUGUAGCAUCUUUUGUUAAUCGAUCACCGAAUUUAGGUGGCAUCGCUAGGACGUGCGAGAUAUUUGGAGUUAAAGUACUAGUCGUUGCCAAUGCGGAUUGCGUAAAUGACAAAGAGUUUCAGUAUCUCAGUGUGUCUGCUGAUAAAUGGUUAAAUAUACUACAGGUGAAGCCGCAUGAGUUACAGAAAUUCUUGGUGGACAGAAAAAAUGCAGGAUGGUCUUUAAUUGGGAUAGAACAAACGGUCAAUAGCGUAAAUCUGAUGGCGACAACAUUCGAAAAAAAGACAAUUCUUGUUCUAGGGAAUGAGAAGAAUGGCAUGCCAGCGAAUUUCAUACCUCUCUUUGACAAAUGUGUAGAAAUCCCUCAAGUUGGUGUAACACGAUCAUUAAAUGUUCAUGUUACUGCUGCAAUUUGUAUAUGGCAAUACGCAAGCCAACACGUGUUAAAAUAAUGAUUUUUCUACAAUUGUAAAAACAAAGUGACGAUAUUAAAUAAAUGUAUUUUCAA